AUGGACAAGAUCUUCAGUUCCUUCAGCACGCUCCUGAACCCGUCGCAGGCGGAGUUGACCGCCGGCAUCUCCUUCUGGCAAGACGCCGUGCACGCGGGAUGGCUCGAGAAGCAAGGGGACGUGAUCAAAACGUGGCGAAAACGCUGGUUCGUCCUGAAGGAUAACAAGCUCUUCUGGUUCUUAGACGACGACGUUCAACAGUGCUCUCGCGUUCGCGGCGUGAUCGACGUUUCCAAGUGCAUGAGCGUCAAAGGGUGCGACGACGCGUUCGGGCGAGAGCACUGUUUCGAGCUUUCGACGCGGAACGAACAGAUGUACUUCGUGUGCGCGACGAAAGCGGACAAGGAGGGGUGGCUGUCGUGUCUUGGAAAGGCAGUCGUGUCGACGAGCAGGGAUACUGACGGCUUUACCGAGUACUUAGGGUAUUGA